GGCCCCCAGUUCAUUUGCCAUACUCAGUUUCUCUCAAAAGGGCUCUGGGUUGAAGAAGAUGACGGAAGGAAGGGUGCUUUUUAGCUCAGGUCUGGCCUGGCCUGGGUAAGACGAUGGUCGUGAUUCCGUCUUGCAACACAAAAGACUCAUUGCGCCACCACCGGAAAAAAAACGGCCAAAAUCAUCAUCAGGUAUCGAAGAAGGAAGAAGGGUUUAUACAUAAUUGGUCCCUGCAAAUUGGAGAAGAAAACAAAUUGGUCCCUGCAAGUCUCAAAUAUCUAAAAUUUGUUUUUAAAACUUCGUUUUUAACAUAUUUGGUCCCUGCAAUUAUGAAAACUUAUUUUAUUUAAUGUUUUUUAUUUAACAUUAAAGGGUUUUAAUUUAAAAAAGUUACAAAUUAAUUAAAAAAAUUGAAAAUUAAUUAAUUGAGUAAUGAUGAUAAAGGGGCUUUACGACUACGGCCUCAAUUUGCAUAACGUCUCAUAAAGCCCCGUGAUAACAUGGCGUGCCACAUGUCGUAUAACUGUUAUAAAGGGGCCUUAUGACUACGGAUGACCUAAGACCAUGGGGUAUAGUGGGGUUUGGGUUGGGCUUGGAUUGGGCCAUUUGUUGACACGUGGAAUGGGAGCCCCCCACCGUCUGGUUACGUGUCCCCGGGGUAUGGCGGGGCGUGGGUUGGGCUUGGGUUGGGUGUGGCAGAUUGUUAAAAAAAAUAAUACAAAACGAGCAAGCCAAUAAGAGCAAGCCAGCUAGCAUGUCCCCCCGCCUCACGCCCGGCUUGAAAGUCACGCCCCAACCCAAACCCACCCAGGGUGAUGCCUUGAACGUUUUCCCCCAACCCACGCCCAAACCCCCGCCCCAUACCCCAUGGCCUAACUAAAAAAUACUGACAGUGAUGCAACCAAAUACGAGGUUGUCGUUCAAAGAGAGUGACGCUGAGUUGGCAGGUGGCAGGUGGCGGUUUCGUCUGGGGAGAAGACAAACCUCUCACACACUCUCUCUAACUUUAUUCUAACCGUUUAUAAAAAAGUAGAAUGAGCUUUGGGAACGUGAGAAUCAAGGCCUCAUUUACUGAUUCCAUGCUGGUCCCCACAGCCCACACCAGUGUUGCAUAUUAUAUCUUUUUGUUGAAAGGCAAUUGCAUGCAAUUGUCGCCGAAAUAGUGGGCCGGGUCCUGUCUGUUCAUAGUGGUGAGCAGCCGGUGGUACCCUACUCCCUAUCUUGACCGGAGAUUCCCCCACGCGCUGUUAGGAUCAAGUUCUUUUUCGAUUCAGUGGUGUGUCGUUGCUCCCUCUGUACUCCUUUCCCUCAGUAGUGUCCUGGUUUCCUCGAGGGCUUAGCGGGUCUGAUACCGGUCGCGGCUAUCUGUGUAUAGUUAAGCUAGACUGGUUCGAAUCCCAUUAACACCUUAUAGGGACGAGGUUCUACUGGUUCGUUUCUUUGUUCGGAGUAGCAUGGGGAGGAAAAUGUGGCAACAGCAGAAAGAUAACUGGAAUGUGAUGUUAAACCGUCAUGAUUACAGAAGAGAAAAAGCCCUUAACAACAGAGAAAGAGAGGAGGGAGAGAUUUUUAACGAAGGGGAAUACAAGUCAGACAAUAGAUAUGGAUACAACAAACAUACCAGACCAAGUAACGAAGAGGAAGAGGCGAUGAAGACGGAACAAGCAACAACGUUCUAUGUAUCCAACAUUCACCCUAAGUUAACUGACGGCGAACUUUGGACGGAAUGCAGGAGUUACGGGCAUCUUGUUGAUGCCUAUAUUGCCAAAAAACUGGAUAAAAGGGGCCUAAGGUUUGGGUUUUUAAGAUUUGCAAAGGUGAAGGACGAGACAAAAAUGGUCAAAGCACUAAAUCAAUUAUGUUUCGAAGGAUGGAAGAUAAGGGCAAAUGUGGCAAAAUUCGUAAAGAUCAAGAAAAACCCGGUUCAAAUGAUGAGGAAGGAAUGGGUAAGGAAAACAUGUGAUAAUACACCGCAGCCGAAGCAAAUGCCUACGUAUCACGGAAGCAAGGUAUCUUGGGCAGACAUAGCUAGAGGAAAAAGACCAGAGAAGCAAGAAGAUAUAGCGUUAAAAUUCGGUCACGAAUCAGAAGUAUAUCAAAAAUGGAAAGAAGUUGCAAUAAUCGGCGAACUUAAAAGUAUCAACCACCUACGUAAAUUAUGGAUGAUGAAGGAGGAUCUAAGUCUACAAGAUGCAGAAGUCAGAUAUGUGGGAGGUAUGAAAGUUCUAAUUACGGCUAAGAAUGAAGAAAGUGCUAGGGUUAUCUUCAACAGAGAUGAGAAGAGCUGGGAUCAAUGGUUGGGUAACAUCCAGCAAUGGAAUGGUGAUGUCAUACCAUUCCAAAGGAUGGCAUGGUUAGUAAUCAGGGGGGUACCAAUUCAGAUAUGGGGGGACGACGUUUUUAAUUGCAUAGCGGAAAGAUACGGUAAGAUAGUAGAACCAUCGGAGGCUGACGACAGAGAUUUAAACUUGAAUUACGACGUGGUCGGAGUAAUUGUAAAUGACGGAGCUCUUAUAAAUGAAAAGAUAAAAAUUUGGUGGAAAGGUAUGAUGCUUGAUGUAUGGGUUUCGGAAGCUAACUACAUGUGGCAACCUAAACUCGUACCAGAUAGAACAAAUGAUAAACACCGGGUUCCAGAAGAACUACCACCGGAAAAUGAGGUACCGUCGCCGGAGAUUGGAACACCGAUGAACCUGGAAAACGAGGGCAUACCUAAGGUCGGAGUAGAAACAUUGAAUGAAGGAAAUGUAGAGGCAAGAGAAACAGGGGAACAAACGCCAAUGAAUGAAGAGAGAGAAAAGACAACAAAUGAGGAGGAAAACGAGGUAGGAAAUAAUGACUCACCAAGGAAUGUGGAAAAGGCACAGAACAAUACAGGCGCAUCGGAACAGGAGACUGGUAGGGCCCAAGACAUUCCAAAUAAUAAUCAAAAUGGGCCGAAUGAAGAAAGACAUAGUGGGCCGACCAGGAUGAAACACUUUAAAAGAAAAAGAACAAGUCUGGCAAAAAGUUGUUUAGGUAGCUUAAAGCCCAAUCAAACAAUAUUAAAAAGAAAAAUCCCAGACUUAAAUAUCGAAUUAUCGGAUGAAUCUAGAUUGCGUACCAAAAGGAGAGCAGUGAUAAAAAGGAGAAACAAGAGGAGAAAUAAGGAGGCAGUAAGAGAGACGGAAGAAGAAAUAAAUAACUUUGAGCAAACUGGAUCUGGGAUUGAAGACGAAUACGAAUCAGAUUGGGAGGAGGAAUCAAGAGGGGAGGAAAACACGGAAGAAAUAAUUGCAGAAACACAGGAAAGAGAAAUAACUGAGGAUGCAGCCGAGAAUCAUAGGGAAAUCAACGAUACAAUCAGGGUGGGGCAGGAAGUAGGGGUAGAUUUAACACAAAAAGUGGUAAUGAUCAAAGAUGUCAUAGCCGAAGAGCAGGUGGAAGCUGGUCAAACAUGAAUUUUGGGUCCCUAAAUUUGAAAGGUGCAGGGGGAGCAGGAAAGGGGGUAAAAGUCAGAGAGUUGAUAACAAAAUUCAAUUUAUCUUUCGUUGCACUACAGGAAACUCAAUUUAGAGAUAUCCCGGACAACAUAGUGAAG